ACCAACCUCUUCAUCUUCAACCAAACCCUAGCGCCGUUCAUCUCUUCCCCUUUCAAUGUCAGAUCCAUAUGAACGUGCUAAAGGCGGUAGAUUAUCCUUCAAAGGAGGAACCCUAGCAACUAGACAAAAAGCCAUAGACAAAAAGAAAAAGAAAAAGAAGAACAAAAUCGAAAACCCUAACCCUAACAUCGAAGAAGAAACCCUAGUAGACGAAGAAAAACCAGAAACCGUUGAUGGAUCUGAGUCGUCGGAAUACACAAUUGACGCGGCGAAGAAGAUGAAGUACGAUCAGCUUUUUCCGGUUGAAGCGAAGAAGUUUGGGUACGAACCGAAAAGUAAGGCGAAGUCGAUUGAAGAAGCGCUCGAUGAUCGUGUCAAGAAGAAAGCUGAUCGUUACUGUAAAUAAUGUGAAUAAAAUGAUCAUAAUAUCUCUUGAUUGGUGAGAGGUGAUGCUGGGUUUUCUUGUCAAAAUCCUGAAGGAUGGAUAUUGGUAAAUCUAAACUGUUAUUGAGUAGUAAUACUUGUUUGUGACUUCAGUUGUACUCUGGUAAUACUAUCUCAUUAGAAUUAAGCUUAAAAUUAGGUGCAAGAAAAAUAAAGGAAAAAAGGUAACAGAUGAUCAAGAGGAAUUUACCCCAACGAUGACAUGUCCCAGGGAAUUCAUUCAUUUACUAAGUUGCGCUCCCAUAUAAGAAUUAUUUUUAGAAACUUUCUCGAUUUGAAUUAGAAGCUCUAUUCACCGGCUGUUUAUUCCCAAGUCCCCUUGAAGCAUCCGAGAGAUUAAUUCAAAUAAGGGAUAGGGAAAUCAUAGUGUGAUCUACCAAAGGAUUUUAUCAAGACAGUCUGUCUUUUUGUAAUCUUUUCCAAGUGUUUUUUCGCCAGCUUGUAAAUAAACAGUUAUAGGUUUUCUUAUCUCUUUUAAAAUUUAAAUGUGACUUAAUUCGAAUA